AAGUACAGAUCCGAAGGCCGUGAGAGUCCUGCCUGCUUGACUUAACCUUGAGGUGAGCCACGAGCAAAACAUUAAUAACAGCCCUGGCUUGCCUUUACAUAACGGAGGCCGGUGCGUCAUUCUGUAUCACGCCGUUUCCUCUGGAGUCAGAGGUGAGAAAUCAGUGCUCACUCUUUCCUUGUAUUCUGGACUAGAAGCUUUGACAGAACGCUGAACAGAGCAAUCCCGUACGCUGAAACAAAUAUAAAAGGCUCUAAUUGAAUUACCACGAGUUUUAGUAAUGUUUUAUGGUCUAAUAUGGCUUAACAUGAUUCCUACACGCUAUUGAAAAUCCUGUUUCACUCUAGCUUUUGAAAAUAGUAAAAGCGAAUAAGCAAAGCGUUUUAGGAUACGGACCCAAAUCCUCCCCUUUGAUAGUUACACAACAGACAUUACUACGUUCCAUAAGACGUAGUUUCCUCCGACCCAAGGAAGUCUGGUUAAGAGUGAGCCAAUCCUUUUCUGUGCUGCGUCGCCUCGGAGCAUUAGCGAGCCAAACACCCGCUGCCAUCACCAAGCUGUCACACUCCCACGUCUCGCCUCACUCCCUCACUUCGCCACUCGCCCCGGCGCCACGGCAGCAUCCUUAUCUGACUAGUGAUGGGCAAUGCAGACACCAAAUUGCACUUCAGGAAAGCGGUGGUGCAAUUGACGACCAAGACACAGCCCAUCGAUGCGGGAGAUGACCACUUCUGGGAGCAGUUCUGGGGGGAGCACGUCCAGUCUGUGCAGGAUGUCUUUGCCCUCAUCCCUGCUGCUGAGAUACGGUCGCUGCGGGAGGAGGCACCAUCUAACCUAGCUACGCUGUGCUACAAAGCUGUGGAGCGGCUGGUAAGAGCAGCUGAUACUGGGUGCUCCACACAGCCUGAACAGCAAGUGGUGUUGAACUGUGUGAGGAUCUUGACACGGGUGCUCCCCUACAUCUUUGAGGACCCAGACUGGAGGGGAUUCUUCUGGUCCAGCCUGCCAGCCAGUGGGGAUGAGGGAGAGUCGGUGCCCCUUGCCCACAGCCUUAUCCAUGCCCUUUGUGACCUGCUCUUCUGUCCAGAUUUCACUGUCACUCCCAACAAGAAGACAGGGCCUGACAAACAUGAGGACCUGCAGAGUAUUGACAGCUGUGAGUACAUCUGGGAGGCAGGUGUUGGAUUUGCCUCCUCUCCCCCACACUUGCCAGCCCAUGACACUAACCGUACUGAGAUUCUCAAGCUGAUUCUCACCUGCUUCAGCCAGACCAUCUACCAGCCCUCUUCAGAGAUGAGUGAGGUGCCAAACAGGUGGAUUGCAGCCUUCACGUGGGCUGACAACCGCCACGCCCUGCCUCUCUUCACCUCACUGCUUAACACAGUGUGCGGCUACAACCCCACGGGCCUCGGGGUGCCCUACAACCACCUCCUCUUCUCAGACUACCGUGAACCCCUGGUGGAGGUGGCCCUGCAAAUCCUCAUCACAACCUUGGACCAUGACAUCACCUCCACCUCACCCCCGAACCAGGAGGAGCCCACCAUGCCCAGCAACCUCUUCAUCAACUACCUGAGUCGCAUCCACCGCGAGGAAGACUUCUCCUUCGUGCUGCGUGGCUUCACUCGCCUCCUCAACAACCCGCUACAGCAAACCUACCUCCCACACUCCACCAAGAAGGUCAACUUCCACCAGGAGCUGCUUGUUUUCUUCUGGAAGUUCUGUGACUACAAUAAGAAGUUCUUGUUUUACGUCCUGAAGAGCAGUGAUGUAUUGGACAUCCUGGUGCCCAUCCUGUACCACCUCAAUGAUGCCCGGGCUGACCAGUCUCGAGUUGGCCUGAUGCACAUUGGGGUGUUCAUCUUGCUGCUGCUGAGUGGGGAGAGGAACUUUGGUGUGAGACUCAAUAAGCCGUACACCGCCUCAGUGCCCAUGGACAUCCCGGUGUUUACUGGCACUCAUGCAGACCUGAUGAUCAUCGUGUUCCAUAAGAUCAUCACCACAGGGCACCAGCGACUGCAACCACUCUUUGACUGCCUCCUCACCAUCCUUGUCAAUGUGUCACCAUACAUCAAGACUAUGUCCAUGGUGGCGGCCAACAAGCUGCUGCACCUGCUGGAGGCAUUCUCCACUCCCUGGUUCCUGUUCUCUGCCCCGCACCACCACCACCUUGUCUUCUUCCUCCUCGAGACGUUCAACAACAUCAUCCAGUACCAGUUUGAUGGGAACAGCAACCUGGUGUACACAAUCAUUAGGAAGCGGCAGGUGUUCCACUCUCUAGCCAACCUCCCCACUGACUGCUCCACCAUCAACAAGUCCCUCACUCGCCGGGGGAAGCGUACCCUCACCCGCCACCCUUCCACCGAGUCCACCCGCGGGCCCCCCACCAUGGAGGGUGCCCUGCCUGCCCAGCCCGCCCAGCCCGGCACCCAAACCGCCACCCUUGCCGCCAUGCCAGGCUUGGAGAAGAUGACAGAGAAGGAGUCAGCCCACCCGACCACACAGCAGCUUCACAACCUCACCUCCGUCACCACUAAUGGAGAUCUGGUGGGUCCUCUUUCACCCCAAGUACCCCCAACCCCAGCUACCCCAGAGGAUGGUGCCCAGCUCCCCAUUGGCACCAGCAUCCAGCCCCCAGCCCUCCAUCACUCCCUCCCUGCCAUCCAAGACCUCAAGCUGACUGACAAGUGUACUGAUGAAAACUGUCCCCAGCCUGGACGUGAAGACAGCCCCACCCCUUCCCUCAACUCUGGGGUGUCUGACUCCUCUGGCCCCAGCAUGAGCCAUGUGCCUGCCUCCUCUCCUGGCCCCCAGCCUUGGACACCCACCACGGCCUGGGUGCUGAGCUGGAAGGCUAAACUGCCCCUCCAGACCAUCAUGAGGCUCCUGCAGGUGUUAGUGCCGCAGGUGGAGAAGAUCUGUAUUGACAAGGGCCUGACCGAUGAAAGUGAGAUACUGAGGUUCCUGCAGCAUGGCACCCUGGUUGGCCUACUGCCCGUGCCACAUCCCAUCCUGAUCCGCAAGUACCAGGCCAACUCUGGCACAGCUACCUGGUUCAGGACUUACAUGUGGGGCAUCAUAUACCUCAGAAAUGUUGACCCUCCCAUUUGGUAUGACACGGAUGUCAAGUUGUUUGAGAUCCAGCGUGUGUGAGGGACUGGCUAACUUGUGUGUGUGUGUGUGUGUGUGUGUAUGUGUGUGUGUGUAUUUACCUAUUUGUAUUUACCUAUUUGUGUAUUACAGGGCCCGAGCUAAGCUCUCUGUGUCCUGUCUCCUUGUCCAUUCCUGUCAUAUCUCUCUU